GCGGCACAUACGUAACGGCGCACUGCUACUCUGCUGCGGCGCCGUCGCGUUCCGCAGGACUGGCGCUCGCGCCGCCGACAGCUGCCGCCGUCGCUGCGACUCGGAGAGCGAGCGCGAGCGCGCCCUAGUCGACGACCGAGAGCGCGCGGUCGCACACACACAUCCUCAACCGGCGCAGAGAGCAGCGGCAGCAGCUGCCGAGGCUUCGAGCGAGCGCCACCCCGGAACGGCCCGACAUGGCAGCCCCCGCCGGAUCACCGCCGUCGGCCGCCAAUCGCUUCGUCGCCGUCGCGCUCUUGGCUAUCGCGCACCGAGCGGCAGCGGCGACCGACAGCUACGACACCUACCUUACUACUCUGUCAAAUGUAUCAGCCUUGAUAAAAGACGAGGCAUUGGCUCUUACCUUUAUAGAAGAGUUGAACGAUCCGUUUAUAACAAUCAACAAUGUGGACUCAAGUUCUCAGUGGGACUAUGCAACCAAUAUCACCGAGUACAACCAAAACAAAUCGAAUAAGGUCUCCACCGAAGUCGCCAAACUUGAGCGUGAGUUUGGAAUUACGGCGAAGCGUUUUGACUGGCAAAAUUUCAAAAACAAUUCGCUAACACGAAUAUUCAGGCACGUCGCUACCAUAGGACUCGCUGCGCUUCCCGACGACAAGCUCGAGAACGCGACCAGUCUUAGUUCGAAGAUGGCCGCCAUCUACGGGUCGACCAAGGUGACCGUGGGGAAGGAAAAUGACCUUCCCUUGGAACCAGACCUCACGCGAAUUAUGAAGGAAGUCGGCAACUACGACAAACUACUUGAAACUUGGCUGGCAUGGCACAACGCUGUAGGCCCUGCUAUAAAAGAGUACUUUAUUCCGUACGUCACGCUAGCCAAUGAAGCAGCGUCUCUAGACGGUUACGACAACCUCAAGAGCGCCUGGCUCAGCGAUUACGAGACAGAAAACAUGACGGAGAUAGUGGAUAAACUAUGGGAAGAGCUCUCCCCUCUGUACAAAAAGCUGCACGCUUAUGUGCGGAUGAGGCUCAGGGAAAUCUACCCAGGACGCCUGCCUGGGGACGGCACCAUACCAGCCCAUCUCUUAGGAAACAUGUGGGCGCAAGAGUGGGGCACACUUUACCCUCACCUCACAACGGAAGAGAAACCCCUCGACAUCUCGAAGACAAUGGUGGAGCAGAAAUGGAAUGCCACGAUGAUGUUCCACGCGGCCGACAACUUCUUCGCGAGCUUAGGCCUUGACAAUAUGACGGACACGUUUUGGAAGAAGUCCAUCAUGACAAAGCCGACCGACAGGGACAUUCAGUGCCACGCAUCCGCCUGGAACAUGUAUGACGGCGACGAUUUCAGGAUCAAGAUGUGCACCGAUCCGAGCGCGGAGGACCUGCGCACUGUCCACCACGAGAUGGGACACGUCCAGUACUACAUGCUGUACAAGCACCUGCAUGUCCUGCUGCGCGAGGGAGCCAACGAAGGUUUUCACGAAGCUGUCGGAGACCUGAUAGGCCUGUCGGUUGCCACCAAAUCGCAUUACGAGAAGCUGAACUUGAUGAAACCAACGGAUAAAUACAAUUCCAUUGACAUCCUGCUCAUGUCGGCGCUCAGCAAAAUUGCCUUCUUGCCAUUCGGAUACCUGCUGGACAAGUGGCGGUGGAGCAUCUUCACUGGGGAGACGCCGUUCGACAAGAUGAACGAGAAAUUUUGGGAGUACAGGAUAAAAUACCAGGGCGUGUCGCCUCCCAUUAAGCGUAACGAGUCCUUCUUUGAUGGUGGAGCCAAAUACCACGUGGCUCUUCAAGUUCCGUACCUGAGAUACUUUGUGGCAUUCAUCCUUCAGUUCCAGUUCCACGAGCACUUGUGCACAGUUACAAAGAAGAUCGACGAGCAGCAUCCAUUUCACGAAUGCGACAUUUACGCAGAGAAAAACGCUGGUGACAUCCUCAAACAGGGACUGUCACUGGGUCGUUCCAAACCCUGGCCCGAUGUCCUGGAGAUCAUGGCUGGCACGAGAGAGAUGUCGGCCUCGUCCCUGAAGAAGUACUUCGCGCCACUGGAAAAAUGGCUCGACGAACAGAUCAGCAAAGAACAGAUCGGCUGGGACAAGGCCAACGUCCAAGACUACAUGGGUUCACCGUCAUUCGCCAACAAAGUCGAUCUAUCAGCGGGAGCCGUUCUGGCAUCUAUUCUAGCCGUCUUUUUCUGCUGGAAGAACAGCUCAUUAUGAUGCUCCGGACGCCGCAAGUCUAUCAUUGUCGCAGAACCGGAAUACGGCCCACGAGAAGUCGCCUCGCUGCUGUCUCUUGCAGUGACAGCACCGAAAGAGCACCUUAUGACUUUCUUUUUUAUUUUAUUUCCGUUUUAUUCGAAUGUCAGCGCUUCAUUUUCAUUUCGUUGCAUGAAAAGAAACUUAAAACAUAACGCAUCACUCCAUGAGUUUUCAACGCAUGCAUCUUGUUUUGAGAAUCGUACAUAUGUCGUUACUUCUAGUCCUUUUUCUUUUUGUUUUAUUGCAUUAAUAUCUGUCAUCGCUAUAUUUUAGAGCCUUUUCAACGCGACCUCGCAUCUUUGCCAUGCGCAAGCUCUUUGGCGAGGAACGCCGACUGGUAUUGAACUAAGGAAUGAGCUUCCUAGUCCUAUAGACACUUACUUCCUCAAGUCUUCUUUUUUUUCGUCUUGCCCUACUUGAAGCACGUAUCCGAGAGCGACAAAAAUAUCUAAAAUCAACAGCACUGUUGUACUCUCUGAAGUUUUUUUUCUCCUAAAUUUCAUUUAUGAAAUAAGAGCAGUUGCUGUGACAUAGUUACUAGAUCGAACGAGACUAACGGGAAAAAGUGGGAUAGGACACGGCGCUAUUCUUGAACUGACAUAUUCCGAAAAACAUGCCAAGAAGUCACCGUAUACGCUCAAAUAAAUGCCUCUGCCUGCGCAUUUAUUUGAGCAUACGGUGGCCUCUUGGCAUGUUUUUUCUGACUAAAGCUUGUCAGUUGAAGUCUAGCGCUCUGUCCAGUCCCCCUUUUUUCCGUUAGUUUUAUUCGCGCUAGUAACCAUGUCACAGUGAUUGCAUUAACACCAACAAGCCCGACUUUCUGCGUUAAUGAAAUAAUAAGAGCUUUUGCAGCCUAUGUAGCUUGUGUUGUAAGCAUUGUAUAACAUAUUCUAGCUGAAUUGAUUGAUUGAUUGAUUGAUUGAUUGAUUGAUUGAUUGAUUGAUUGAUUGAUUGAUUGAUUGAUUGAUUGAUUGAUUGAUUGAUUGAUUGAUUGAUUGAUUGAUCGGAAACAUUAAUAUUCCACCAAGCUGGGGUGCCCGCCUAUUAACCUACACGUAGGUAGGGGGGAGGACGAAGCAGUCCCUGCGCGUUGAGGACGGUGAGUCUUGACGGCCUCAACGGCCAGGCGGAUUGCUCGACGCUGGUCGUCUUCAUCCUCGCUCUGGAGCAAGGCCUCCCAGGCUUCCCUACUGGCCCCUGGGGAGCCAGCACACUCCCAUAUUAUAUGGUCUAGCGUGCCUUUAUCUACUUGUGAAGUCACCAAUCUCGUAGUGCCUCUGCACUGGUAUCGUUACUAGCCCCUAGACGCUCAUCAUGGAACGCGUGAACGCACUAUUGACUGCGCUGAUAACAAGUUUGUCGUCCAAAUAAAAAAAAAACACUUUGUUUAAUUCGGCAAGUAGGAUUUCAUUAUUACUAUGCUUCAGCCAUGAGUCGCAUAGAUGAACGCGGAUGGUAAAAAAAAAAAAAGAUGUCAGGCCGUGCGGCUGCUUAACUGGAGACAAAAUGUAUAGUUCAGUAAAACGAUCACGUUAUGCAAAGGCAUAAUAUAAGACUCGGUUAUAUUAGCUAUCGAGGAGCAACAGCUGUACCACGAUUGUGUUUUCUAAAGAUACGAACACGUUGUGCUGCCAAGCGUGAAUUCUGUCCAAUAAUUCCGUUUCUCACUAAAUACGGAUGCGUGUUCCUGCGAAACACGACAGAAGUAACAAAAGGCUGCUUGCGUUGAUGUUCAACGAGUACGCCAGUGUUAUAACAGAAUUUGUAUUCGUAUUUUACUUAAUGCGCACAAAAACAAGUACACAAGAAAGGAAGACGAGAUAUACUUUCUUGUGUCCUUGUUUUUCUGCGCUUUAAGUAAAAUAGUACUGCAUACAAACUCGCCCAAAUUUGAAUAGGGUUUGUGCGACACUAGGCUGUGCCAUCUUUCGUCGGCAGGACAAGUUCUCGGACAACGUUUCCGCAAAACUCAUCAAUCUUUCUUUUAUUAGGUAAGAAAGCAAGGCAUGGUAGCAAGUCUCUCACGUGUGCACAAAGGAAUGUUGAAAUUAUAGUAAAACAGUAUGUUGUAGGACGUCGUCAAAAUGUACGCCGAUAUACGUAUAAUGUGCUCACUUUCUAGGUAUUCUGAACUCUUCUAGCUAUAUCUGAACUCUGUGCCAUGAUGUGUAGUAUUUACUUAGUCAACUGCAAUGAUGUUACUGGUUUAUUAUAAUGAAUGGUCGACGCUUGAGCUACAUAAGUGCAGCCUCGUACUUCUAUUUCUUGUACAAAGAAAAUAGUGUAAGAAUUUUCUUUUAGUUUCUGCAGUAUUUAAAAAAAUUAUGUGCGUUGCAUUGGCGAAAUCAGAGAAAUAAAAACAUGUUUAUACAUUUUCAA